CCACGUGACGUUCAUCACGUGGCCGCUGUUUUGGUGUCCCCACGUGGCGGGAGUCACGCGCUCGCAGCACACGUGACCGGGCGGCACGGCGGCAUGGCGCGGGGGUGUUGGGGGAUCCCCGCCGUGCUGGCGCUGUGUGCGGCCGCCUGGAGCUGCGCCUCGGGGCUGGCGCUGGAGCGGGAUCAGCCGUUCCGCGUGCCCCCCGGCUGGGCCCACGCCGGCCGUGUGGAUGCCGGGCACCCGGUGCAGCUGACCUUCGCCCUGCGGCAGCGCGGCACUGCCCAGCUCGCCCGCCUGGUCCAGGCCGUCUCGGACCCUCGGUCCCCGCGAUACGGGCAGUACCUGUCCCUGGAGCAGGUCAGGGACUUGGUCCAGCCUUCCCCAGCCACACUGAUGACAGUUCUGAAGUGGCUGCAAGGCCAUGGUGUAGAGGACUGCCGGAGUGUCACCACCCUUGACUUUCUAGAGUGUUACCUGCCUGCAAGCACGGCCGAGCGCCUGCUCCCCGGGGCCGAGUUCCACCGGUACGUGCAGGGCCAGCACAGCCUGGUGCGGUCCCCACUGCCCUACACUGUCCCCGCAGAGCUCGCCGAGCACCUGGACUUCGUGGGUGGGAUGCACCGGUUCCCCACGGAGCGCAAGGCAGGCAGCAGAGCCAGGGCCAGGAAGGACCCACAGCUGGCACGAGCGUCGUUCCACCUGGGCGUGACACCGGCCGUCCUGCGCCAGAGAUACAACAUGACAGGGGGGGACGUGGGGCUCCUGCCCAACAACAGCCAGGCCUGUGCACAGUUUCUGGAGCAGUACUUCCACCAAGCUGACCUGGCUGAGUUCAUGCAGCUGUUUGGCAGUGGCUUUGCCCACCGCACGCAGGUGGACCGGGUGGUGGGACAUCAGGGCCGUGGCAAAGCCGGGCUGGAGGCCAGCCUGGACGUGGAAUACAUCAUGAGCACAGGUGCCAAUGUCUCCACCUGGGUCUUCAGCAACGCAGGGCGCCAUGAGAGCCAGGAACCCUUCUUGGCCUGGCUGCUGCUGCUCAGCAACAUGUCAGCGGUGCCCUGGGUGCACUCGGUGAGCUACGGGGACGACGAGGACAGCCUGUCCUACGCCUACAUGGAGCGCGUCAACACCGAGCUCAUGAAGGCGGCAGCCCGCGGCCUCACCAUCCUGUUCGCCUCAGGUGACGACGGAGCUGGCUGUCGGCGGGAGCACAGCGGGAACCACACGUUCCGGCCCAGCUUCCCGGCCUCCAGCCCCUACGUCACCACUGUGGGUGGCACGUCCUUCAAGAACCCCUUCCUGGUGACAGAGGAGGUGACAGAUUACAUCAGCGGGGGCGGCUUCAGCAACAUCUUCCCCAUGCCUGAGUACCAGGCCGCUGCUGUCGGGCGUUUCCUGCGCUCAGCCUCGAAGCUGCCGCCCAGCUCCUACUACAACAGCAGCGGCCGCGCGUACCCCGACCUGGCUGCGCUCUCCGACAACUACUGGGUGGUGACAAACCGCAUCCCGCUGCCCUGGGUGUCGGGGACCUCGGCGUCCACGCCGGUGGUGGCGGGCAUGGUGGCACUGAUCAACGACCGGCGCCUGCAGCGGGGGCUGGCACCCCUGGGCUUCCUCAACCCUGCGCUCUACCAGCUGCAGAAACAAGGGCAUGGUGAUGCGUUCUAUGAUGUGAUCCAGGGCUGCCACCUGUCGUGCCUGGACGGCACCGUGCAGGGCCAGGGCUUCUGCGCCACCCCCGCCUGGGACCCGGUCACGGGCUGGGGCACCCCCAACUUCCCGCGCCUGCUGCGGGCGCUAGGGCCGCGCUGACCAGGACAGCGGGAGCAGACAGCGGGGCCGAACAGCGGGAGCGGGCAGCGGGAGCGGACGCUGUGACCGGACGCCGGGAGCGGGCAGCGGCACCGGGCCGCGAGCGGCGCGGAACCGGGGGCGGGGCGGGGGCGGAGCAAUAAACGCGCGAAGCCCCGCC